AUUUGGAUAUUAGAGUUGGGACAGUCCGAUCCACCAAAAAAGGUGGCCGAAUCGCAGGAUAUAUUCCCAUUCACACUUUCUGAAAAUUUGGUGAUGCUCCCGAUAAUUAUAAAAAGUUGCUAUUCGGAUAAAAUAAUCAGAUUGUUACCAACUACGAGGUUGGGUUGGGCCCAUCCAGUGGACCUUGAAUUUGAAAGCUACCUGAAGUGAAGUGGUUUUAAACGUUUAAAACCAAAACCCACAACACAAUCCUUCUUUUAUUUAUUUUCAGGAGUUGAUGCAUUAUUGAAGUUCAUUCUAAGUUCUCUUGUAAUUUUAAUAUACAGAAAGGCUUGAGAUUCAUCCUCGCCAACCAAGUGUUUGUUCAAUUGCCUCACAACUCCUUGCAGAGUGGAGACUUACUACAAAAUCUGCAUUCAGUUUGUAUAGGCUCAAGUUCUCUAAAAUUGAAGGCUGUAGUGGGGGUAAAAGAGAUUUGGUAUCGUUGUUUUAGUUGUGAGGUUCUGAAGAUGUUCAAGGCACCAAGUCAUCAAGUUGCAGGACACCAAGCCCGUGAUGGGAAGCUUGGCCCCCUUGUUGAUGAGCUAGGACGCUUCUACAAGCCUCUCCAAAGUGGUGAACGUGGAUCCCAAGAGGUGGCCUUCUAUGAAAAGUUUUGUUCAAACACAACGAUCCCAGAUCACAUUCGCAAUUUUUUCCCUAUCUUCUAUGGCACUCAGCUUUUAGAAGCCUCAGAUGGAUCUGGCAAGCAUCCUCACCUCAUAUUGCAAGAUCUUGUUUCGGGUCGUGUCAAUCCUUCUAUUAUGGACAUCAAGAUUGGGUCUAGAACCUGGCCUCCAGAAUCUCCUGAAGAUUAUAUCCAAAAAUGUCUGCAGAAAGAUAGGGGAUCCACCAGCCUACCUUUAGGAUUCAGGAUAUCCGGAUUACAAGUAAAUGGUGGCGAAGAAUCUGCUUCGUGGAAACCUGAGAAGAAGUACAUUAAGAGUUUGACUGCGGAUGAUGUAAGGUUAGUAUUAAGGAAAUUUGUUUCUUCAAAUGUGUCUGCUGAAUCAAGUGUGCAACCUGAUUGCUCUCUAGCUUCUAUUGUAUAUGGUGGUUCAACCGGGAUUCUGGCACAACUACUACAACUCAAAGCAUGGUUUGAAGAGCAAACUGUUUUCCACUUUUAUUCUUGCUCAAUUCUUUUUAUGUAUGAGAAGGGCUCAAUGUUGGAAGGGAAAAAGUCUAAUGCAGAAAUUAAGCUUAUAGAUUUUGCACAUGUUUUGGAUGGCUGUGGAGUCAUUGAUCACAACUUCUUGGGCGGGUUGUGCUCCUUGAUAAAGUUUAUCAGGGAAAUAAUUGACACACCAAGUGCUUGAACAGUAAUGCUCCAAAUCUUCAUGCAGAAGCUUUUCAGCACCUACAUCUGCCGGUACAGUCAUCUGUACUCGUUUUCAGGGAUUAUCUGUAUCAAUCAGCUUCUCUAGGAAAAAAAAGCACUUUUGGAUUUUCAAUAUAGCCUUGUUACUUGCUGCUGCAUUAUUGAUGCUGCAACACAAAGCAAUCAUUCUGCACUGCAAUGUCCUGUAGUUCUGGUAUGAUUAGGGGCAAUCCCCAAGUAAUAUUUGUAACUUAUACCUUAUCCCCUCAGGACCCCUCCCCCACCCCUCUCCCUUCUCAUUGCAAAAGAGGGGAAAUCAGCUACAUUAAAAUUACUUUCUGGGGAGGUCCGUUUGUUGUUUUAAGUCUUAUAUUUUGUUUAACUGCUGAUAUUGUUAGAUGGCA